UAAAAACACAAGCAGAGGAGGAAGACAGCACAGAGUCUGACUGACUGAGUGUACUCAAGCUGCCAGCAGAAACUUUAUGAGAUGGAUUCUUCACGACUUCUAUUCUCCGUCUUCUUCCUGCUGAUAACCACAUCUGACUGUUCAGACACAGACGAGCUCCAAUGUAAUGACAUGGACAAUGAAAUAUUUCACCGACUUGAAGGUGAAGCGUUUUAUUUCCUGCCUUAUGUUCUAAUGGACGGAAAUAUCCCAGAUGAAAACAUCACAUGGCACAAAAAUAACUCAGAGGAAAUCUCAAACAACGAGGACAGAAUGGUGCAUUACCACGGAGGGGCUCUCUUUUUCCUAAACCUUCAAAUCGAGGACUCUGGAUUUUACACUGCACUGCAUAGAACCAGCUCGGGAGAGUGUUUCAACUAUCACUUAAAUCUCGUGGUCUUCGACAAAAGCCAUGCAAACACAGAAGUCCUCUUUCGUACAGUCAGCGGAGGUUCCAAAAACAGAAAGAUCCCGUGUCCAGAUAACGUCAAAGAGACGUGUAGUGUAUUCAGAGGAAAACUCUCGUGGGAGAAGGACUCCAAUAUUUUCCCAGACGAACAUGGCGCUCAGCUGUGGAUUAUGGACGUUGACAAAAGUCAAGAGGGCAUCUACACGUGUGUUUGUACCUGGAAACAUCAUGAGAAGGAGUACAAGACGUCCGGCUCCAGAAAGCUAGAAGUUGAAGACACAGACGAGCUCCAAUGUAAUGACAUGGACAAUGAAAUAUUUCACCAACAUGAAGGUGAAGCGUUUUAUUUCCUGCCUUAUGUUCUAAUGGACGGAAAUAUCCCAGAUGAAAACAUCACAUGGCACAAAAAUAACUCAGAGGAAAUCUCAAACAACGAGGACAGAAUGGUGCAUUACCACGGAGGGGCUCUCUUUUUCCUAAACCUUCAAAUCGAGGACUCUGGAUUUUACACUGCCCAGCAUAGAACCAGCUCGGGAGAGUGUUUAAACUAUCACUUAGAACUCGUGGUCUUCGACAAAAGCCAUGCAAACACAGAAGUCCUCUUUCAUACAGUCAGCGGAGGUUCCAAAAACAGAAAGAUCCCGUGUCCAGAUAACGUCAAAGAGACGUGUAGUGUAUUCGGAGGAAAACUCUUGUGGGAGAAGGACUCCAAUAUUUUCCCAGACGAACAAGACGUUCAGCUGUGGAUUAUGGACGUUGACAAAAGUCAAGAGGGCAUCUACACGUGUGUUUGUACCUGGAAACAUCAUGAGAAGGAGUACAAGACGUCCGGCUCCAGAAAGCUAGAAGUUGAAGAUCAAGUUGUCGUGAAACCACCCAAAAUCCUCUCUCCAGCCAACAAGGAGCAGUUUGCAGAUGAAGGACUUGAGAUCAAGCUGAACUGCUCAGUGUUGUGUGGAAAAAAUGUGGGAAAUGACUGCCAAGCUACCUGGCGAAUUGAUGGGAGCCCUAUCAGUCAGAUUGAUGGAUACAAUCUCACCACCAAAAGAGAGGAGCCUGCAGAUGGUACGACUGUCACUGCAAUCCUGACCAUCAAAAGAGUUUCUGCUAAAGAUUUCCUGGCUGAAUUUACAUGUACAGGUCAUGGAGGUUUCGAACCAGCAAGUGCAACUUUAACUCUGAAGCCGAAAGAGUCUAAAACUCCACUUAUCAUUGGAGCAUUGAGUGUGUUGUUCUUCUGCGUCUUUGCCGCCGUACUGAUUAAGUACUUUGCCAUUGACCUCGCUCUCCUCUUCAGACCGUACUUCACACUUGCUCUUAACAAUAAAGAUGGGAGGGUCUUCGAUGCCUACGUAGUUUAUCAAACACAGAACCUGGACAAUCCCUCUGAAGACACAUUCAGUCUUUUUGUCACAAAGAAUUUGCCCUCCGUCCUCGAGGAAAAGUGUGGAUAUCGACUUUUUAUCCAGGGGAGGGAUGACAUACCUGGAGAAGACCGUCUGGAGCUGGUGGAGGACCGCAUGAAUCAGAGCAGGAGGCUGAUGGUCAUCCUCACCCCGGGUUCAGGAUCAGAAUCCAGUCCCACCUCGCCUCAGAACUCAGUAAUCGGAGGUUUCGACUGGCAGGUGGGGCUCCAUCACGCGCUGGUCCAGAGGGAAAUGAAUGUAAUUCUGAUCCAGCUGGGGGACAUGGGGCCAGAGGGAUACGCACACCUUCCUCCGGGCCUGCAGCACCUCAUUCACAAGAGCGCCCCCAUCAAGUGGCCAGAAGACUCGCGAGGCGCUUCCGCAUAUAACUCUCGCUUCUGGAAGAGAGUAAGAUACCUGAUGCCUGUGACACCCGCCAAAAAAGACUGCCAGUCUUUAAUUAUUUAAAGCUGGGUCCCAUUUAUAUAGAAGUAUUUAAAGGCAGGGUUGGUCAUUUUCUCCUGAUAGACUUUUUUAAAGAUUUUGGUCGAAAUUGUCUUUAGGUCCUGAGAGACAUUAAUAACUCAUGUGCUCUGAAAAAGGAACAAAAGAAAUCUGUCACCUGUAGCAGUUGUAAGCAUGUAAAAACUU